AUGGUCUGGCUAGCAAUUACUUUCCACAUUGUGUUACUUUCAGCUGCAGCACAAUGUCCAUCUGGUUGGAUGAGACAUGAAGACAGCUGUUACCAUUUCAGCCAUGAUACAGAACCGUGGAUGCUGGCUCAGGAAGUUUGUAAGACAUUUGGUGGAACUUUAGCCGAUAUAACUUCACAAAAGGAAGACGUAUUUCUACAGAAUGAAGUCCAAAGACUGAAAGUAAAUCACUGGGUUGGUGGCAACGACCUGAUGAAUGAAGGCGAAUGGCAAUGGAUUAACACUAACGAGGACUUCAGUUACACAAACUGGAAAGUUGGCGAACCCAACAGUAGGGCCCAUAAUGAAAACUGCUUAGACCUGAGAGUUAUACCUGGCUGGAAUGACGAGAGAUGUGACAUCUCACAGUUCUAUAUAUGUGAAAAAUCAGAUGAGGAUGUUUCCAUCGUCGGCUAAAGAGGCAAAGAUGUUGGGUAAUGAAUAUACUGAGAAAGUGUUUACUGUAUAAAAUUUCGAAAUAAAUGGGCAAACUUAGA